UUUCUCAUUGCUCCGUCUGCCUCAAGCGUCCUCUCGUGCCUCAAGAGCCCGAGAUAAAAACCAUGCCAAUCUUUGACCAGCUUCCGCAAGACGUCCUCGACGGAAUAUUGCUCAGUCUGCCCGAUUUUACAACACUCUCGGCAGUACUCAGGACAUCCAAAAGUCAUCUGUAUAAUACAUUUCAGGCCCAUCCCAAGUCAACCGCGCUCUCAAUCGCAUACAAUUUGGUCGGACCUGCUUUGCCUCAGGCCGUGAGAGUCGUGUUCAACGCCGACCCGAAGCUGUGUGACGAAGAUACGAUUCUCGCGGACCGCGUUCUGGAUCGUGAUGCCUGUGAAUUGCUCCAGCAGAAUGCGGCGAUCGUGCAGCGGCUAGAAGACCUGUUCAGCUUCAGAAACAAGGACCGCUCCUCGGCGGCGAGCAAACUCACGUCCGAAGAGUCUCUGCGUUUUCACAGGGCGGCAUACCGGUUCUGGCUGUAUUGUAAACGUGUCCAGGCCGAACUGGAAGAAAACGACACCGGAUAUGAGCAGAUCCUCGAUUCCUGGCCCACCGACGGAUUAUUGGAAAUAGACCGUGUGGCCUCCUUCCUCCAAGACGUCUUGUCCUGGACCUUCGUUCUUGGCACUGAAUGGUCAGACGGGUGGGAUAGCAGUCCGCCGGCUGUGCUUUUCAUGGGAGGUCCGGAUACCGCCUUGUCGUACUGGGAAAGCGCGGAACUGCCGGAGACCCUGUGGGUGUGGCAUCUCACAUUCAACUUUGAUGAGCAACUCCGCACGACACUUGCACGAAGGAAUAUCAAAGCGGACGCCCAGGUGACUGAGCGAGCAAAAGCUAUUAUUGACACAGCAUACGGGAGCCAGGAUGACUGCUAUCGUUGUCAUGAGCCGAAGGGUUUAGAUCUGUGGGGCCGGCCAAACUGGCAAUUGCUACGUGGCAUCAUUUCCGUGCGCAGGUUGAUUCAGACCCUGGAGGGCAACCUUUCGAGGAACAGUCACGAGAUGUCGCAGCUUGCUGAUCACAUCCAGGCCCGAGACGAUGACCUCAGGCUGACAUUCGACUGGGCUAAAUUUAUCGAGGAGCUCUGUGACAUGGACGGUGAUGCGGAAGGGCCUUGGGACAAGGACCAGUGGUAUUGCCUCGACUGUUUACUCGCCCUCGUCCGGUUGCGCCUGCGCGAGUGGUGGACGGCCACGAAAGUCAAGGAAGGCAUGCAAUUCAAGCCUGACUGCUGGUACGGCUACAACUGCCGUACGCAGGUCCACAGAGCCCAACAUGCAACUAAACUGAACCACCUGUGCACCCCCACCAGAGGCGAUCCUGCGUGAUAUCAAGACCAUUGAGUGAACCGAGAUAUCUAGAAUGCAACGCCUGUGUCGGGAUUGCCGCGAACGUGUCCCGAUUUAGGAUCAAGCCACAAGUCCGCUUUUUGUCCACUUCUUGUACUUCUUCCUCGUUUUUAUGAAGCUGUGUGAUGUGAAGCUCUCCGUCAUUGUAAAUAUACCUGGCCUGUCUCGACGUUCCCUGCCGCGAACUGCCCGACG